AUGACUAGGCAAGCCGGAGGAAGACUGUCUCUCGUGAUCCGGAACUAUUCGCCAGCAUGGUUCGUCGCAUCGAUGUCGACGGGCGGUCUAUCGAUCGUGCUUCAUCAGCUGCCUUAUCAGUUUCACGGACUUGGCAUUAUUUCGAUCCUCUUCUUUAUUAUUAACAUCAUCAUCUUAUCCGUCGCCUUGAUCCUCUACAUCACAAGGUGUUUCAUGUACCCACGCUCAACAUGGACAGCUCUUUUAACCGACAGUCAAGAAACUCCUUAUCUCUCGGCAGCCGUCAUCGGUUACACCACAAUCGUCGCCAUGGUCGGCCUAGUCUGUGCCGAAGCCUGGGGCCACUCGUGGGGUAUCGUCGCCUACGUUCUCUGGUGGAUCGCAGUCUUCUUCACCAUCGUGGAAUGUGUCGCGAUCCCAUAUAUUAUCAUCCGCUGGCACUCCGAUGCAACGAAAGAGUUAACGAACCAGAUCACGCCUGUAUUAUUCCUGAUACCCAUCGCGCCGUUGACGACGGCGGCGGUUGGUGGUGCGCUGUGUUUGAGCGCGAACUGGACGGCGAGGAUGCAGGUUCCUGUUAUUAUCUUUUCGUUUCAGAUGUUGGGGUUGGGUUUGUUGUUGGCGCUGGCACUUGACGCGAUUUACCUUGGACGGUUGUUCAACAACCGCAUGCCGCCGCAGAACAAAGCACCCAUGUCCGUCAUCGUGAUCGGUCCGCUCGGACAAGCAUCAUUUGCUUUUCUUAACUUGGGUAUCGCUGUUUCUCGCGGUGCCUUUGCAGGAUACAAUAAGGGAACCUUCUUGGUGCAAGGCGUACAGGAAGCCGUCUUCGCUACCUGUGUCAUCACAGCUUUGUGUUUGCUGGGGUUCAGCAUCUUGUGGGGUGCCAUCGCAUUCCUCGAGGUCCUCCAAGACUCACUCCAGAAAUGCGGUGGCCAGCGACUCGGAUACUCCAUCGCCUGGUGGAGCAGUGUCUUCCCUAUCGCCGUCAACGCUACCGCCUUGAUCCAACUCGCCAACGUCAUGGACUCGCCGACCUUUCGCACGCUAUCGGCUGCACUUUGUAUUCUUAUCGUCAUCUUGUGGUUUGGAAACGCGUUCUUCACCAUUCUUGGUCUUAUCAAGGGUGAUCUCUUAGGGUUGCAGAAGGGGUGGAAGGGUACGUAUAUCGUGGGAGAUAAGAAGGAGGAUGUGGAGAGUGAGAAUGGACCGAGAGCCAAUGAUUAUGGCGUGGCAGCUGAUGCUGAAAACCAGGCGUAGAUUGGAACAGCAGAAGAACAUUGAGGUGUACGAUAUAAUGGGAGGC